AUGGUGCUACUCAAAUUGCAUCCCUAUCGGCAGCAAUCAGUUUUUCGACAUGCCCACCAAAAGCUUGCCAAUCGUUUUUAUGGACCAUACCCGGUGAUACAAAAAAUUGGUGCGGUUGCCUACAAACUUCAGCUGCCAAUGGGAGCCCGCAUUCACCUAGUUUUUCACAUCUCCCUCUUAAAGAAAUUUAUUGGCGAGCACACACUACCCUCUAUUGAGUUACCACCUGUAACAGAUGAAGGAGCAAUCAUACUUGAGCCCAAGCACAUUAUAGAUACUCGUUGGAUCAAACGGGGCAAGAAGUUUGAAGAGGAACACUUGGUUCAAUGGAAACAUUUACCAGCUGAGGAAGCCACGUGGGAGACGCACCAGUCAUUGCUUGAGCAAUUUCCAAACGUGGACCUUGCGGACAAGAGUCCACACGGAGGAGGGAGUAUUGAUAAACCUCCACGACGUUCAGCUAGAGGUUUCAAACCAAAUCCCAAAUAUUUGGGAGGAGGUUGA